AUGGCAGCUGUACAGACAAGAAUAGCAGCUGUACAGACAACAAUAGCAGCUAAACAGAGAACGAUAGCAGCUGGACAGACAACAUUAGCAGCUGCACAGACAACAAUAGCACCUGUACAGACAAUAUAUCGGUCUACGACACCGAACAAUUACAUGAAAAAAUCAUCUGAAAUUACAAAUUGGACACUUUGUUUUCCAGCAGAAAUUUUCACAUCGAUUCUAGCAGGUAUCAUAGGUAUUGUUUCAGUUGUUGCAGGAGCCAUCGUAUUGAUUAGGAGAAAGAUGCGGUUACAACAGGAUACUAAUGUCAAGAAUAGUCUUUACAGGAGUUUAAAGAAUAGCUUUCCUAACCGUACAGUGGAAAAUGAUAAUGACUACUUAAAUGCGUCCUUAGAGAGUGACCUCCCACGUCCUGCUGCAGCAAAUACUGACAAUUACCACUUAAGUGAGUUGUUACAUAGUGGUUUCCCAAGAAGUACUGCAGCAAAUGCUUACGAACAUGUAAGCGAGUGGUUACAGAGUAAUGGUGAAAGUUCGAAUGUAGUAAAUGCUGACAACGAAUACGUAAACGAACCGUUAAAGAGUGGUCGUAUCGUCUCUGUAGCGGUUCAUGAUUACGUAGACACCAACUACGAUGAAUUAAUAAGUCAGCGUGAAGAUGAGCAUUGUUACGCCCCACUGAUAACGUAACAUGCAUCAAAAGUUGGACUUCUCGUACUUACUGUUAACUACACUUGCUAGGUGGCUGUUUAAGCAGUGAUGACUACCAGGACUCAAGCAUACUCGAGUUAGAGGCUGUAACUGCAUUAAAUGAACACAUUACCUGUUUUCAAAACAUGAAAAAGAAGUUUUAAAUUUUUAUGAAAUACAUUCAAAUGUACAUAUAUUUCUUCAACAACAGUAUGUAUAUUAUGCUAAACUUGCAUAUUAGUUAUAAGCACUUGAUAUUUUGAUAUUAAAGAAAAAUAUGUGAUUAGAAGAAAUACAACUCUGUCGUCUAGAGGAGAAGUAUCAAAGGGACCUAAUUCAUAGGAUUUUUUUCUAUUUUCGGACUGUGGAAAACGGGCUGCGGAUUUAUAAAAUGGGGAUAGUCUCUAAAUACUUAAAGUUACGCAGGAAAGAAUUUCAAAGCAUACGUAUGGUAUAUAUGUCUCUUUUAUUUAAAGUAACUCAUGCGUUUGCUGUAAAAAUCAACGUCUUUUAUGAGAUCCUUUGUUACUGUA